AUGGCAGAUAGGACACAUCAUGUACCGUCACCCGCCAUGCGGCAGCAAUCGACAACAGUUCAGGACCUCCGAGACAAUCGACUCGCCGACAGCUCCAAGAAGGGCUACCGCAGCGGAAUGAAGCAAAUCGUCAAGUGGCUUCAAACGUCCGGCCGCUCGGCCAGGCUAAAUGCAGAUGGCUCCCUCAAUCUCACCGUUUUCAGCUACAUGGACUUUACUGAGUUCGUGCUGUACAAGUACAAGGAUGCUGGUGUAUCCCUCUCAACGCUUUCUGGCUACAGGUCAGCACUGAAAGACUACUACAACACGCAAGGCGUUCCUCUGCCAAUCGGGUUUACCAACGAUGCUACUGUCAUCUAUCAAGGAAUCCGUCGGCUAUGUGCGAGCGAGACCCAAGCGGGUGCUAUCAAGCCAGGCACAAAGCAGCCUCUUCGGCACCAUCAAUACAUUGAGCUGUGCAUGGCGAGCCUCGUCAAGUUGGAUGGUGGUUUCACGCACCUUUUUCUCAUACUGUCUUGGAACUUGAUGUGCCGGUCGAGGUCGACGGCAACGGUUCGGAUCGACCACUUUUCCGACGAAGGGGAUGCGCUUGGAGUCACGUUCUUCAAGUCCAAGACGGACCAAGGUGGCACAAAACGUCGUGACCCAAAGCACGUUUAUGCCAACCCUCAGCAGCCGGGGACAUGCUGCAUCCUCGCGUUGGCAAUCUACCUUGCGUGCAACCCUGAGCACGACUCGGGCGAUCUGUUUCCCGGCUGUGCUCAACGUGACCGUUUUGGACGGAGCUUGUCCCAACUUGUGGGUUAUGCACUCCCCGAAUUAGCAAGCGCUGUCGGCACCCACUCGCUUCGCAAGGGCGCCGCAACAUUUGCAAUUGGUGGUAGUACAUCAGGUCCCUCGAUCGUCAACGUGUGUAUUCGGUGCGGGUGGUCCAUUGGCAGCGUCGUCGAACGCUACGUUCACUAUGAUGGCGCCGGUGACCAGUACGUUGGCCGUGUCGUUGCUGGUCUACCCAUCGACAGCGGCGACUUUGCUGCUUUGCCGCCACAUUUUGUCUCUAGCAGCGACGGAGUUGUUGACGCUGCAGGGGCGCUUGUGUUCCCGCGUCUCUGGUCCCAUGAGUCCCUCCGUGGCGUAUUGGUAUUGUGUCUAGCUUCGUUGGUGCAUCACAAGGUUUUUCUGGAGGAUACGCUCCCGGCCAAGCAUCCUCUGCUCUCCUCCGUUCUGUUUGGUGAUGUCGGAAUGACCACACUGCUGAGAGCCAACGUGACACUACUAUCGUCCUCCAUGCAGCCCACAGGGAUCCCGCCCCAUGUCAGUCUGCACACGCAACUCGAGAAGAACUUGGCUGCCCCUUCUUGA